AUGUUUGAGGAUAGAUAUUUAGAAACUCUUGGAUAGCAACUGCUUAUGACUAAAGUUGUACCAAUAAUAAUAAAUCCAAAAAAUAUAUUGAAAUCACUUUUAGCUGCAGAGAACAAGUUAGAGGAAGAACAUCUCUAUAAAUCUAUUUGUAGAAAGUAAGAACUUUUUAUAAAUAAUUUGAAUGAAGAAAAUAUGAAUGUAAUUUUAAGCAUAUGCAAAUUCAUAAAAAUUGAAUUCACAAAAUAAAAGGAAGGUCGAAGGGAUGAAAUUAAAUAAGGUGUUCUAAAAUAAAUAGAAGUAGAAUGUAUAAAUUGGCCUCAAUAUAAUAAUCCUAGAUGGUCUGAGUAUUUAGAAUAUUUCAACAGUAUAAGUAUUAAAUUUAUCAAUCACACUUACAUGCUAAUAGAGUAGAUAUUGAUCGAUUUAACUUAAAAAUGUUUUGUUUGUGAAGAAUUCCAUUAAUAUAUAACUGAUAAAUUAGAACAUUGUAUGGUUGUAUUGUCAAUGGAAAUGAGCGAUUUUGCUAGACUAAUUAAUAGUGAACCAUUUUAUUGGGAACUAAAGAAAUAUUUCAACUCUAUAAUCCAGAAUGUUCAUUUAUAUAUUAAUCGAACAUCUUUAUUCUGCAAUACUUAGAUGGAAUAUUUGAAUGAAACUCUAACAAAAUAUCAUGCUUUAGCUAAUAUUAGAACUUAUUAAAUAUUGCAAUAAGAAACUUCUUAAUAUAUUAUAGAAUAAUGUCAUUUAUCUUUAUAGGAAAUGAUAUUCCAUAGAGUAGAAUUUGAGAUUUUCGACAAAGAUUUAGUGAAAUAAGUUAUAAGAUACUUUUAUGAAUAUAGUCCAUUAAAUUUAGGAUUAUAUGAAAUGUCCACUUUAACGAAAUCUUUUUAGGAGGCUAUUUAGAUGUAUUAUAUUUUAGAUGAUGAGUAUUUUUUAAUAGCAGAUUUAGAUACAAAAUUAUUUGCUUAAGAUGAGGAAUGCUUAAAAUAUAUGAUUUAUUUAGAGGAAAAGCGAUUACGAUAAUAAUUAGGCAAUCAAUCAAUUUUAAAAGGUUCAGUUGGUGCAGGUUUUGGUUGUUUAAUUGUAGAUAGUGUAGAUCCUAAAAUUCCAUGGGAUGAAAAAUUAAAAAGAGCUGGUAUAAGUACUGUGGCAACAGGAUUAUUAGGAGCAGCUAAGAGAAUACCUGUUGUUGGAGUAAUUUUAACAUAGGCUUUAUUAUUUUAUGCUAUUAGAAUUUAAACUAACAAUAAAGUUAUAGAUAACGGUGAAAAGAUUAAAAAUAUUGCUCAUUUAGGAGUUUAAAGUUCUUUUGGAGUUGGUUCAGCUAUAGCUGGUUAAAUAUUGAUACCAAUUCCAGUUUUAGGUGCUCUUAUUGGAGGAACUGUUGGAGGAGUAUUUAUGGGUUUAUAUAAUAAAUUUAUUAUUCCUAAAACAAAACCAUCUAUUAAAAUUAUGAUCAAUGAUUUAAUGAAUAGAUAAUAUCCUGAUGGAUUAUUUGAAUAUGAUGAAAAAGUAUUGAAAAUUAUGAAAAUAAAUCAAAAACAUUAUUUUAGUUUGAAACCAGACAAUUUAGAUGAUUGUCAAUGGCUUACUAUUCUAAUGGUUUAUAUGAUAAAUGAAAUUUAUUAUUUAUCAAAUGUUUAAGGUUUAGAGAAAAUUAAUGAAUUAUAAUAGUUGAUUGAGAAGAAACCCAAAGGAGUUAACAAAUUGAUUAAAUAGAUUAUAGAGAUUGACACUGAACUUGAAUAAUAAGAAAUUAUGAAUGCUAAAAUGGAAAGAUCCAGAUAUUAUAUCCAAUAAUAAGACAUUAAUACCUUAUAAAUAGUAGAUAAAAUUGGAGAAUUUAUUAAUGGAAUGAUUGCCAAUUUUAGAUUAUGAUUUAAU